CCAAUUGAGUGUGACACUCAAAACACGAAAAGUUUCUGCUGCUGAAAAAAACGAACUACCUGCUGACUGUGUGUGGAGUCACCUGCGAACAUGUCCGAGUUGAGCGAUGAGGCCAGUGAGUCGGAGCAGCUGGGUGCCAGCCUCUCCGUGUGGCUGGGUGACUCCCUGGUGAGACCCGAGGAGCUGGAUGUCCCUCUGGACCUGCACACCGCCUGCUCCAUCGGCCAGUACGACGUGGUGGCUGAGUGCAUUAAAAAGCGUGAGGUGGAUCUGAAUGGUAAGAACAUUGGAGGAUGGACCCCGCUGAUGUAUGCAGCCUACAUUGGCCAUGACAACAUUGCAAAUCUGCUUCUUGAGGCUCGCGUGGAUGUGAAUGCCACCACGGCCAAAGGACUGACGCCCCUGAUGCUGGCAGCGAGCUGCGGGAAUGAAAGCAUUGCAUAUUUUCUGCUGCUGCAAGGGGCCGAGUUGGAGCUGAAGGACUCUCGAGGCUGGACGGCUUUGUUCCACUGUACGAGCACAGGCCACCAACAGAUGGUCAAGUUCCUGCUGGAUAACAAUGCUGACACCAAUGUCAAGGAGCCAGGGUCUGGAUUCACUCCUCUGAUGGAAGCUGCUGCGUCUGGACAUGAAAUUAUUGUGCAGUACCUGCUUGAUCAUAAAGUUAAAGUAGAUGAACGCAACACUAAAGGAGAGAGUGCCCGUGCCCUGGCCAUGAUGUACGGCUAUACCAAGAUCGUCAGCCUCAUUGACUCACGUUCUCCAAGACUAAAGCCAGGACACUUUGAAGACCUGAGCUCCUCUGAGGACUCGGACAGCGCACCCCCGAGGAUAAGGCCGAGUCGAAACCGAGCCAAAGGAGUUAGCAUCCAUGAUGGACCUCAGGCCAUCGCCAAGUUCCGAGUAGGAGGCACCAGCAAACAGUGUGAGCCUCCUGCUGCGCUGCCAGGCUUCAUGACGUUUCGUGAUAUUGGUGAACAGAAUGACGGCAUCUGCUACCGCGACGUGACGUCACCUAUUAACGAGCUGGACGGCCAAAGCAACAGCAGCAGAGAUGACAGUCCGUUCUUUGACAACGACAUGCCCACCAUGAGAAGCAGCAGUAGCAGCAGCGAAGGCUUGUCUCAUGUGAUCGGCCUCAACUGGGAAGGCUCUGUGGAGAGUAAUGAGGACUCUGACCAGUGCAAAAAGAGCAGCAGCUCCCGCAGAUCAAAUAAAGGUUAUCACUCAAAAGGCAAGACUCGCCACGGAAGCAACGACGCAGCUCAUUCCAGUGGGACAGGAAACUGUGGCUUAUCCACACAUGUCGGCUUCCCACCUUCCUACACUGGUCCAAAGGAUUUGGCAGAGUUCUUGGAGCAAAUUGGCUUCUCUAAGUAUCUCCCGUUACUUGAAGAGCAAGACAUCGACCUGCGGAUAUUUCUCACCCUGACAGAGAACGACCUCAAAGAAAUAGGAAUCACCUUGUUUGGACCAAAGCGCAAGAUGACCUCGGCCAUUGCGAGGUGGCACAGCAGUGCUAGACCGCCCAGCGACGCUCUGGAACAGUCCUAUGCUGACCAGCUUGAGGCCGAGAUGCAAGAGAUGGCCAUUCAGCUACACAAGCGCUGUGAGGAUGUAGAGAGCCUGCAGAGUCAGGUGUCUCAGGAGAAGGAGCUCCGUACAGUGAUGGAGGGAUGUCUGAUGGAGGACAAAAUGGCUUGGAAGAGGGUCCACGCUGAGCUGGUGGAAAACCACCGGCUGGCUCAGGACAUGAGCAGCACACUGGCGAAGGCAAGAAGCUGCCGCACUGAACUGCUCUCCUGUUUGACUACAGACAGGAACAGCAGCUCUUACACUGGCGUGGAAGAUAAAACCAAAAGUGACACUGGUGUUAAAGCUGAGGAGGAGCUGAUGAAGAAGCUGGACUCCUAUGAAGAAGAACUGGCAGGAAUUCUGCAAACCAUGCUUCAAAAUCUGAGGCGAUUAAGUGCUCCCGAAAAAGUCUCCGAUAGCUGGGAACGGCCUUAAGCUACUCAGGGGCUUUUGCCAACAUUUGACGGAGGGUGAUCUAACCACCCUGAACAAUCUCAGUGAAAUGGGAGAAGGCCGAAGACAAGGCCGGCCCUGCCAGACCAGAGCAGCUCGAGGGGCGAAGCAGAGCCGCUGCUCGUCUGAUGAACGAAGGCUGAGGGCAACGCAGCUGCUGCAGGAAAACGACAAGCAGGCAGAAAGGGUACCUGACCCUCAAACGCUUGUGCUGGUGUUUACUGGACUCCUGUAGUUGGGCUGUGCAGAUGCACAAGGGGGAGGAGGAGGAGGAGGAAGGACUGAUUGCAGAUCAGUAAUACUGUGAUUUUAUAAGUGUAUUCUCUUCCUAUAUGAAAUGUGGGUUAAAUUAUGUUAAUGCCACCAGAUGGAGAGAUACAUCUUUAAAAAGUAGUCAAACUUAAAAUAAGUUCCGCAGAGCUACACUUUAUUUGAAUGAAAUCUAUUCAUAUGUAUACUGUUGUUAGAGGUUGGAAAAUAAUGUCCUGCUGAACGCAUGUUUAAGAACCCACACGAGAGAAAUGGAUAAAAUCUGCAACACAUUCUGUUUCACCUGCAGCGGCCAUUUGAGCCCAAUAUACUGGACUCAAUAUCUGGUGACGCAGCGUUAAGAAGACAGUAAGAUUUCAAAAUUACCACAUUUAUAGAGCAAAAUAAGUUCAGUAUUUGUUUAGACAACAAAUACAUGACAGACCGGUUUCUGAUUUCUGUGUUGCAAUCAAGUGGUUAGUAAUCACCAUGUAGUCCAUGAAAUCAUCUGAAAUCUUUAAAAUGCCACUGUGGUCCAGUUAUAGUAAAUUAAAUUAAAACCUGCCUGGAAAUUAAUAGUGUAUAUUUCAAUGCUGUGUUAUUCUUUUUUUAUAUUUUAAAUUGACAGAUGCAUAAAAUAUGCAACAGAUGAGCCUUUUUCGUUAUGUAAAUGUAUUUUAGCGAUAAUCACAUUUCAAACAU